AUGAGUUUGUUAAGAAAUUUUUGCGGCAUUCUCUUUUUCACGUUAUUUGGAAGUUUUGCAAGGACUGCUGAUGACGUCGUCAUCUCCUUUCCAAGCAGUCUGCAGCUCAGUCUGCCAAUAAAGAACAAUGCAAAGUACACCGUGCACCUGUCAAGAGAGCAAGUUGAUGCUAUCGAUGCUAAUGUCUUCGAAGAUCUCCAUGGAACUCAGUGGCAUAUGAAUAAGUUGGAGCUAGUUAGGAAUUAUGGAAAUCUUGCCUCGUUUAUAGUUGCUAAAGUCAUUGAAAACGGAGUCCUCAAAACCACAUAUGUAGGAGAUUUUGUACAUGACAAUGAGAGUUACAGCAUGUUUCCGAACACAUUGGAGCACAGAUUGGACAGGAAGGAGACAUUGGAAGAGCACCCAGUUGUGCUCAAUGGAGUAGAAUACGUGGUGGCCCUUAGGAAGCCACUGCCGACAAGCAUGAACGAUAUAGUGCUGAAGCCACCUACAAACACGGUUUACAUGAACGGACCGAAAUUAUCAAAUUCUGAAGCAGAUGAGGACCUCAACCGUGCCAAGCGACACAACAAUGACGUCACAGAGUUGGUCGCUGAAGGGACAAGAAGAUUACUAUCCAAGUGGCUGCACAUGAGAUUGGAUAUAUUUUGCUUGCUAGAAUCAGUUUCAAAAUCGAAAACAAAUGUUUCCAACAGUUUGGGUUCACCUCACGACGAAGAGGAAGGAAAUACGUGUCCUGCCAGGUAUAGGUACAUCAUGACCGCCAGGUACAAUUCAUUCGGCAGAAAUAACCACCACACAUUUUCUUCUUGCUCCAGGGAGUAUUUCCAGAAUUAUGCUCACAAAUUAGACAGCAUAGGACAAAAUUGCAUGUUGAAAUCAAGAACAAACAGCAACAACGAAGACCUGAUGAAGCAUGUGAAUGUUUUGCCGAGAACCAAAUAUUCUCUGGAUAUUCAGUGCCAAAUGUUAUAUGGUCCCAAUGUUAUUUCAUGUCUUCCGAAAGGUUCAACUAACAGCUCUGAAAAUAGUUGUAAAAAAUUUUAUUGUGAUUUGCGUAAUGAUGGCUGUACCGCUGCUCGCUCGAAUGUUCUGCCUGGUACGCCGUGCGGUGACAAGAUGUGGUGCCUGAAUGAAAGAUGUGUCAGCAACUCUAUCAAGCCUGAUUUCAAAGAAAACGAGACAACUCGCAAACCAGACAACUCAGCACCAGACAGCCAACUUCCCAAAAAUUGGUGCAUCCAAGAUAUGUAUGCUCAGUUGUGCGUAAAUAUCCUAAAAGAUGAGAAAAGUAGAAAAGAGAAAUGCAAUGAAUUCUUGUACGACUGCUGUAAAACGUGCGCUCCAUAUGUUUCAGGUACAGACAGCCGAGCAACAUCAGGCAGACCUGACACCUCGGUGCCCAACAAAAACACCAACCCACCAUGGCAAGCCCCCAAAGAGGCAUGCACUCAAGAUAAGCAUGCCCAAUGGUGCAAUGAGUCUCUGAAAACUGAAAAUACUAGAAAAGCCUAUUGCAAAGACUACAUUAAUUCCUGCUGCAAAACGUGUGCUCCGUACGUUUCAGUGCGUGGAAUAUCAAAAUUUUUCAAAUCAAACGAUAUAUUCCUGAAAUCCUUAUGGGCGAUUUUGUUGUUGGGAUGUACGACCUACCUGGUUUACAGGCUGCACCAGUUGUUGGAUGUCUACUACACUUAUACAAUAACAACGGAAUUCGGUGAAAAGGUUUAG